AUGAAGAGCUUUGUUCCCAUCGCACUUGCGCUCUUUGGCGCCGCCCUCGCCGCGCCCGUCGACACCGAGGGCGUGCAGGCUGCAAAGAACCCCGACAUCCUCUACUUUAUGCCCGUUGGCUGGGGCAAGCGUUCUGCGGAGAAUGCUGAGAAACGCACCGAGAUGGCUAUUGAGAAGCGUGGCGAGGUAGAUGCCGCCAAGCAGCCCGAGGCCAAUGCCAAGAACCCCGACAUUCUCUACUUCAUGCCGGUGGGCUGGGGCAAGCGUUCUGCGGACGAGGAGUAA